AAAACGACGGCUUGUCGAAAAUGAUGAAUUACUCGGAAAAACUCUCUCAACUCUUUGUGUAUCUCGUUACAUGCCAUAAGUGAAAUCUCGAGGCACCUCUAAGCAGUUUGAUUGGUUCACGGCGAAUCACGUGCUCAAAGAUAAUACAUCUUUCUUUCUUUAGUUGUUGGAGUUAGGACAAUAAUAUGACUUUUACCUAUUGAGUCUUGUCAACAGCAGGGAUCGAUUUUAGUACAGAGGUCAAAAAACUGGUCAACUUUGUAUUGUCUACUAUCAAAAACAAAUUCAUCUUCUUCAAGACCCGUAUUUAAAAGCCCGGUGUGUGGACAGUGAAUAUGCAGAAGGCAAAUACAGAGCGUUGCCAAGGAAAAAACGACCACGGCGCGGAGUCCGAUGAGACAUCUUCCCCUAACUUGUGCAGCUCAUGCGAGCGCUUGGAUGAUGAUGCCACUGAAUUACCGGCACAAAAUGCAUCCACUGAAAACGGCCUUCAAGAAAUUUACCCUUGGAUGAAGGAAUUUCGCUCAAAAGGAGCACCACAAGAGAAAGCUGGUGAUGAUAAACUUAACCGAACCAUAUACAGUACAAGACAGUUGGUUGAGUUGGAGAAGGAAUUCCACUACAACAGAUAUCUUUGUAGACCUCGUAGAAUCGAAAUUGCUCAGACGCUCGGACUCACCGAAAAGCAGGUGAAGAUCUGGUUUCAGAACCGCAGAAUGAAAUGGAAAAAAGAGAACAAAAGUGUCGAGAAAGCCUUGGAAAAUGAGAUUCAAGAACGAGUUCGACAACUUAGUGCACAAAAUCCAAACGGUUUCGGCAGUUUAUCAUUGAUGAACUUAAAUUCACACCCUAAUUCGUCUGUUUUCAACGAAUCAAACUCUUUUCAGCGAAACUACAAUCCGUAUUCUACUCCAAUGCAAAACUACAAUGGAGGAGGAUUCAUGGAAAGGCCAAGGGCGAUAUGGAGUCAAGGACCAUUACAACAUUUUUAGUAAUUAUCAAUUAUCAGCGCAGCCGCCGUUAGAUGCUGGCUUCCUGUUGUACAUUUUUUUGACAACCUCGUGAGCGAUAUUUCGCCCACCGAGAGAGAGAAUUAACACUUUGAGAAUGAGUCAUAAUUCUUAUGCUAUUUACAGUUUAUAAAUUUAUUUCGUUCCUGUUAGAGAGACUCGUGGUUUUGUAGCGAGCGAUAUUUAUUUAUUUCCGUUGUGAAAUGAUGUCAGUUUAAAUUCGGGUUAGUAUAAAAGCAAAUGAAUAGUUCAUUUGAGUUAAUGUUCUGUAAGCUUUUCUUCUUAACCUUUUGUAAGCUAGUACCCCCUUCAUUUAUUGCCUUUCACGUGCAAUGCUAAAACAGAAUUUGUUUGAUAUCAGGUCUUUUCAACUCUUCUCUUUCUGUCCUUAUCUAUGGCAAGGACAUCACACAGGGAGCAAAUGAGAUAAAAUUAAUUCCGGUUGUGAAGUAGUUUUUAACACCUUGUGGGUUCUAUCCCGGCAUUAGUUGUUCUCUUUCUGUAAAAAAAACUGUAGCUAAGUUAAAGAACAUGUAAGUUGCAACGUUUAGGAUUCGAGCUUCAACGAGCUAAUGGACAGUACUUUCGAUUAUCGACCAUUGCUCAAUUAUAGGUCAAGUUAGAUGCUUUGUUUGCUUCUCGUUGCAAUCAGACUUUGUUCUCGUAGGUGAUGUAAAUGCCUACAACGAAAAAUUUUAUUGCAGAAUGAAUUUCGAAUACCCGCCCAAUAAUUCUUUUACAUUCUUUCAUUCAUGCAUUUUGUUGAACACAACGUUUCUAAACAACUUGAAAGUUUGGUCAUUAUGUUGCCAAUUAUUAGUUUGUACGUGCAAUUGCGUCUUGCAUAUUUAUUUAAAUGGAUGAAUAUUGUUAGGUUUUAUGUUAUAGUAAUAUAUUUUGGAACCAGAAGUUAUUUGUUGUUGUUGAAUGCUCGAAGUUGACAGAAA